GACUUUCGCCUGCGCGAUACGCGCGACUACGUGAAGCACAUUCUGGCACUGCACGAUGGCGAGGCCAGGCUUGUGCGGGCGGGGUGGGAGCCAUUCCCAGCCUCUGGCGGGAGCAUCCUUCAACCUUGCUACUGGCACUACCAAUUUUCGCGCGGCUGGGACACGUACUCGUGGCUAUCCACCCACAAAGGAAACUUGACCAUCCAAGACCUGGACUGGAUCAUGAUGAAGGACGGCGGCGAGACUGGCUUGAUGAGGAGCGACCCAGCCUUCGGGAACUGGCAGAUCCGCAGUGGCCAAUUCAUCACGCUGGCCGAACUCUUCUGGUUCGGGAAACACUUGUGCUCAUGCUACGACAUCUACCGCGCUUACCUGAGCCUGCCUGUGUGGAUCCAGAAGCGCAAGCAUUCGACCUCGCAGUCCGCGGCGGGAGUCCUCAGGCGCAACGCGAAGGCGUCGCGCCACCAGGAGGAGGGUAAGUACGGCUUGCCCUCGAACCCGGGGAAACGCGGGCGGCGGUGA